UCUAACAUGCUCGCGGAUCUAAUUUGACUUCUAACCACUGUUUACCAGAAGCUAAUCCUCGCUGUUAAAGUGGUCGGUGUGCGAAUUUCACUAUUUACCCCCAUCUAGAGCAUGGAUGAAUCAGGCUACGUGACGAUGCAGUGGGCUGGCCCACUAUAUCUAGAAGCACGGGAACAUUACAAAACCUAGCGCUUGUGAGGGCGUUAUCGUACUGCGCAUGUGUUCUGCGGUCUGUAGUCACAAAUCAUUCACUUCGACAUUGGCAGUUGUCGUGACAUGUUGUGUGUUUAGUGGCAUGCAGAAAGAAUAGUGUUUUUAGUCGUGACGGUGAUGGAGAAUUAUGUGGGGUCGUCGGACUACAGAUCAAUGAUUAAGACAGCUGCAGGUAUUGGAGGGUGUGUCUAUGUCUUUGAAACACAGUCUGGCAAAUUUAUCACCAAAGAAGAGAUUUUUGAAGGACGGAGGGUCCAUAAUAUUUUUGUUGAUAAAAAACAGAAUAUAGCAAUAAUUGGAGGAAAGAUGGUCCAGACAUUUAAACUUGAAACAGAAGAUAAUUUUAAGCUUUCAUCAUUUGCAGCAUGGGCCAUUGAUGACUGGAUUCAGUAUUUGCAUUGGCUUGACUGUGACAACAUUGCCAUUGUCACUGCACAUAAUGUUGUCUCUCUGUGGAACAGCAGAACAGGAGAGAAAGUGAAGGAAAUAUUUUGUGAGGUGAAAUCCAUCUUAUAUUGUGCCUUACUCAAUGGGUCAUCAUGGAAUGAGCUUCUGGUGUUUGCUGGUACAGUAUUUCAACAAAUUUUGGUGUGGGCUCCUACAAGCCUGGAGACAGAAACAGUGGCUAGCCCAGUUCUUCACACUCUGAAAGGCCAUGAUGGAGUGAUAUUCUCAGUGUCAUAUGAUGCUGCCAGUCAGUAUAUUUGUUCAACAUCUGAUGAUCGCAGUGUGAGGUUAUGGUCUGUAGAUUUACAACUGUCUGAUGGUAGUAAUCGUGUGACCCAAUGGAAAGAGGCAAAAAUUACUUUGUUGCGCAGUAUGUAUGGUCAUACUGCUCGUGUUUGGAGGAACAUCAUGGUAGAUGAUGUAAUCAUCAGUGUUGGUGAGGAUUCAUGUUUGUGUGUGUGGAGUGUUGAUGGUUCAUUGCAGAAAUACUGGAAGACUCAUCAGGGUGCAAGUGUCUGGAGUGUGGACUGUAGUAAGGAGAAAAAUUUAAUAGUCACUGGUGGAGCAGAUGGAGGAAUCAGCUUGUGGCCACUUCAUACAGACAGAGCAGUUCCAAAUUUGCUGGCUUUCCAUGAACAUUUAUAUGGUCAAGAAUUCACUAGUGUGAAAGGACAUAAUCAAAACUUUCCUCGAAGAAUUGGACUGACUAGUAAGAAUAAUAUUGUUGCUAUAACAGGCAAUGGAUGUCUGUUAUACUGUACAUUGUUGGACAGUGGACAAGGAAACUGGAAGGUCAUUCACCAAGAUGAAAAGUUGGCAAGCUACUGUCUUUUGGAAAUGUCCCCUUGCAGACAAUAUGUGGCCCUGGGUAGUAUGGAUGGAUAUAUACUUGUUUUUAAAGAAGAUUGUUCUUCUGUACAAGGGAAAUAUCUGAUUCUCAGUGAUGAAGAAAAGGCAGUAACAGGAAGAAUUUUCUCUCUUCGUUGGUUGUCAUCAGACAACCUUUUAAGUUGUGGUCCUCAUGGAUUACUGGAAAUGUGGAAGUUAGGCUUUUCACAUCAGAUGAAAAAGGUUGCUGAGUUUGAAUUGCCAAGAAGCAAGGAACAGUGGAUUUCAGCAGCUGCGUUGAGGGAGAAGUUUCUUGUAUGUGGUGACAGAAAUGGUAGUAUUCAUCUCUUUGAGGUCAGUGAUGACCAGAGCUGCAGUGUGCAGUUUCCAUCUCAAAGUUUCUAUAAAAUUCACGGUCACCUAGGAGUGAGCUCGCUGACUUGGUAUGGAAACUACUUGUAUUCAACUGGACGUGAUGGAGCUCUGCGAUGUUAUAUGAUGUUGGAGAAUGAGAGUAGGUUGGAAUGUCUGAAUGCAGAUAAACUGCAGAUUGAUUGGCCUGCAGCUACUAGUUUGUCAGCUUUUGGACUCUUGGUACUUGGUUUCAGAGCAGUUAACUUUGUAGUGUGGAGUCAUACAGAACGACGCACGUUAUUGACCGUACCAUGUGGAGGUGGACAUCGUUCCUGGGACUGGAUAUUUGAAGGACACACAUUCAGAUUAAUUUAUCUGAAGGAUAAGAUGGUCCACAUGUACACAUGUAUGAUGGAUGAGUUUGUAAAACCAGUCAUACAGAAUGGAUUCCAUUCAAAGCAUAUUACCUGUGUUAGACAAGUAUUGCUGAAGGAUAAAGCCAACAUCAAUCAUAGUUUGCUUUUAUCAGCAAGUGAAGAUACAACAAUCCGAUUGGCAGUCAUCAGUCAUUCCAAUGUUCCACAGACCUUGACUGUGCUUCAGAGUCAUAUUUCAAGUGUGCGAACAUUAGCUGUUUGUCAGUUACAUGACAGUGUCCUGGUGUUCUCUGGCGGUGGAAGAGCGCAACUGAAAGUGUGGAAGCUUGUUAUACAUGCAACACAAGAAUUUAUACCCAUAGUCAAAUGCCAAGAGUUAACAUCCCACAUGCUGAGGGACCCUAGUAAGAGAAACAAGAAACCAUGGCUGUCAGUAGAACGAACUGUGGACCCUGAAACUCGAUACAUGGAUCUGUGUGCUGUAGCCCUACAACUUCGAGAUACAGAUCAGAGAGGAACAGCUGUUCUCCUAGCUGCUGGAUGUUCAGAUGGUUUUCUCAGGAUAUUUGGUUUUUAUACGCUUUGCAGCGAACUUAGACUUUUAGGUAAAUAUUCCUUUCAUGACCGUUGUAUCUUGAAAGUCUCUCUUAUACAGACAGAAAACUUCAGACAUAUAGCUCUUACAAUGGCUACUGAUGGGAAAGUGGCCCUGUGGGACUUGACUACAUGUGUUGAAGAAUUAGUAGGCUCAGAACAUUCCAACAGCAGCUCUGCAGUAUCGGCAGACAAUGGCAAUAAUGGGCAAGUAGUUGCUGACAGCCAUAGACCAUUCUCAUUUGUUAAAAUACAUCAAUCAGGAAUCAAUAGUUUUGAUUGGCUACAGCUACAAGGAGACAAAUAUUUGCUAGCAACAGGAGGUGAUGAUAGAGCUUUAGUACUAAGUUUAAUUCAGAUAAUUUCACCAACUCUUCAGGAAAAUAUGCAGGCUGAAGUUGUUCUGCAGUGGAGAGACAACUGCGCACAUGCUUCACAGAUAACUGGGCUUAAACUUGGAAAUAAUGUGCUGAUAAGUGUAGCAAUAGAUCAACGAAUAACGGUAUGGAACUGGAAUUGCAAUCUAGACGGUCACACUUUGUCUGCUUCUGUUAAGACAAGGUACUGCAGUGCUGUAGCAGACAUUCAAGGACUUCUAACAUGGAAUUCAAGUUCUUGUAUCACUGCUUGUGUUCAUGGGAAAGGAAUGGAGAUUGUCACAAUACAGUUCAGUGAAGGAAGCUAGCUGAUUGUGCGGUAUUUAGAAUGGAGAGGAAGGAAUUGUUCUUAGUGCCACAGGUAACAAAAUAACAGCUUAACUACUGGUAAGUUUUCAACAGAACCAGAAACGAUAGAAUUAGACAAUUCUGCAUUUAGUACUCUUUAUAUGCAAAGUUUGAGAUAUUUUAUGUCUUGGUGUCAUAUCGUCUCACUGAAAUAUCUGAACACACCCUCUUGUAAAAUGUUUUAUGUGUUAUGUGAGAAACAGAGUUUCAACAUGUAUCCACUUGAGGCUUGCAGUAGAGUAAAUUGUAGAACAACUUAUCUUUAGAUAAAAAGGUUGGUAAUGUGCGUAAUCUUUUCAUUCAGAACAUCUUUAUAAUUGAUAUGUUAAUUUUCUUGAAAUGGUGCUUAGAGGGAUGUAUGAAGCAACAUUUUGUGUUACUUUGUAUGUGACUUCUGAGUCCUUAUAGAUCACUGCUCAAAUGGUCCCUUAAAUUUCAUCACAAUAGCUUUAUUCUGUGUCCUUCCUCAUUCACAGUUCAUAAUCCUGAUGUGCAGUAUCAUCUCCUUGAGCCUCAACAGAAACUAUAAAACUAUUUUAUCAGUAAUGUAUUUACGAUUUUGUUUCAGUGUAUGGUUGUUGAAAGAUCAUUUGACAAGAUCUGUUUUUUAUUACAUAUAUCCACAAAUGAAAUCUACAGUUAACAUAAGCAUAUUAACCUGACCAUCAAAUGUUUCUUUACAGAAACAUGUUUUCCAUUUUGGGCCAGAUAUUCCAUAUAGGGUCUGAAUCAACAACCCACACCUCAAAUAAACUGCACUAUUCAUUAAACUCUUCAGUUAAAAACAGCACAAGUCAUGCAUAUUUAAAAUUGAUGGUGGAAGAAUUCAUGAUUGGUAAUUAGAGUUUGUCUUGGCAGCUUUUAUUAAAAAACAACUUGUCAUGCUUUAUUCAUUUAUGAAUAUUCAAAAAUCAGAUUCUCAUCCCGUGUACAAUCUCGAGUCUUAAUGUUUCUAUAACAUUCAUAUGUUUGUUACUUGCUUGUUUUAUAUUUGCAUGCCUAAAGGUAUAAAAAAAUUCAUUUCUGCACUUUAACUGUAUAUGAGGGUGAGUCAGAAAGUUUCUGCAAUUAAAUUUUUAUUAAAUAAUUCAGUGACAACGAGUAUGUUCCAUGGCAUUAUUUUUUUAUAUAGUCCCACCCUUUUCAAUUGCAUGUGGUUUGAAUAGCUGGCAUCAACUGGUCCCAAAGCAUUUCAGUAUAAUGGACACCAUUUACUAUUGUGCCCUUUGCUACGUAGUGUUCCAAAAUUGGCCCCUGUACAUCCCAGAAAAGUGUCAACAUAACACUUUUGUGACUGGUGAUGUCGGAUGUUUCCGUUCCAUACUGUGUUGUUUGCUUUCUGGGGCGUAAUGGUGGAUCCACGUCUUGUCCCCAGUGACAUUGUGCCUCAAAAAGUGUGACUUUCAUUAUGUUAACGGUUCAGUAGGCCUUAGCAGACUGUUCUUUGGUGCAAACAGAAAGUGGAGCAUCCACGUUAACUCUACUAAAACGACACCACAACUGGCCGGUUAAGGUCAAAAGUAUUUAACAGUAACAUAGUGUGUUCAUGCUUCUAUCCGCUCACAGAAUAAACAGUGCAGCCAUCAUAACAAGCUGUAAAAUAAAUCAUUGUGGAAACUUUCUGACUAACUCUCAUAUAAAGAUAUUUCCUAGGAUUUGUCAACUCCUUUUGGCAGCAUUCAUUACUUUAAUUUUCAUCCAUAGUACAUUCAACAACAUCAAUUUUUUUCUAUAUCCCACUUUUUGUAAACUUUAGUGAUCGACUGCUACCAUUUAUUUUGCCCUGAAAAUAUUCUUGUUGAACUAUAAAUCAGAUGUGGAGAAUAAACACUAAAUUCAAGUUAGAUAUAAUAUGCAGUAUUAACAUGGUCACUUUUACACAAGUGAAAAGAGGAAGAUGAUCGUGUAUCCACUGUUCAAUGCUUAUGCACUGUUUUGGAAAACAAGAUUACAACUUGACAGCUUGACCAGGGUAUCCUUUGACUCCAAGACCUGUCACUCGGAAAGUGGCACCGGAUUCUGGGUACAUUUUCUUUUGUUCCUCAGUCAAAAUAUCUGCACUAGUGACAUAAAGUUCAUCAAGUUGUGGUCCUCCAAAUGCAACAGAUGUCACUUUUAAUGCAGGAAUAGGGAUGCACCUCAACAGUUUUCCAUUUGCAGGAUCCACUCGAAUCACCUAAAACACAUACAAACCAGAUCUACAUGAAUAAAUUAUUGUUUGGUCUUCAAAGUGCUCAUUUUCAAAGAUGGGCUUCUCUUGAAAAUGCUGUGUGCAUUCCUAAUCUCCUUAAUACUAAUCUCAUAUCCAGCCCAUUAAACACUCUUAGAUUUUACUAUUCUAAUGGUACUGGUGACAUAUAAAUAAUUAAUUUCCAUUUUAUGUAAUAUCCUAACUAUUUUCUUCAUUCCUUUUAAUUCCAAAUGUUUUCAUCAGCACUGCACUUGUAAUAAAUGUUCUUUCCUCAAAGUAAGAGACCUGACAGUUUUUCAAUUAAAUGAGAACAAGCAUUAGCAUUUCCAUAUAGCCAUGGUAGCUCA